AUGUCUAUUCCCCGAUCUCUCUUCUCCACUGUUACUGUCCUUUCUGGGAACAAUUACCAGAAAUGGAAGGAAGAGUUAGAUGUUGCCUUAGCCAUGGCGGAUUUGGAUAUUUCUAUUAGAGAAACAAAGCCUAUGCUUACUGGAACAGGCACCAUUGAAGAAAAAGCUACAUUGGAAAAAUGGGAAACUGCAGAUAGGAAAAGUAUACUUAUUAUGAAAAAAUACAUCCCUGAGGAUAUGAAAGACAGCGUUGUGAAGAAGGACACAACCAAAGAAUAUCUUGUCGCUAUCAAAGAAGUUUUUCAUGUUUCCCAAUUGGCUGAAAAGGGAGAUUUAAUGAAUCAACUGCCUUCAGCUAAAUUUGAUGGAAAUGGGAGUGUCAGGGAGUAUCUUCUCCAGUUGGCCUCUAUUGCAAAGAAACUCAAAGACCUUAGGACUACAUUGGAUGAUGAUUUUCGGGUUCAUCUUGUGCUUAAAUCUCUCCCACAAUAG